UAUUAUUUGAAAUUCAUAGUAGAAACAAAAAAAUGGGUCAACUUUUGCGAUAUGUUUUAAUCAUCGUUAUGGUGUAUCAAAUAAAUGCUUUUGAAGCAGAGUCUGAUCCUAUAGGGAUAGAUGAUGUAGAUGCACAAAGUAGUGAUGCCGUUCCUAAUGAAUUCGACGCAGCAUCAAGAUCUGGUGCAUUCAGAAGUCAACAAAGGCCAGCUUUUUGCUACUACGACCCUGACAAAGGCCCAUGUAACGGUAGAUAUCCGAGAUUUUACUACGAUUAUACACAGAACAUCUGCAAGUUUUUCUUCUAUGGCGGUUGUGGUGGAAACCCAAACAAUUUCAUUACCCAAACACAAUGUAUGAGGGUUUGUAAGAGUUACUACCAAUGACUAUGAGUAUAUUUAUAUAAAUAUAGUGUUUAUUUAAAUAAUAAAUAAAUGGGUUUAGCAAUU